ACCCAGUGUGUACAGAACCACCACAGCAGCCGGAUACUGACACCAUUUUGCAAUGGGCCCUGCAAUGCUUAUCGUGUGCGCCUGCGCAGUUCUCGUCGCGGUGCAAACAGACGCAGUGUCCGGCUCGCGCUGCCCACCCCCUAACAAGGUGUACUUCAGCAAGCCGGUCUGCAGAGACGACUACGACUGCAAGAAGGGGCAGGUCUGUUGCCCCAACACCAGCAGAACUAUGUCCUGCACCGAGCCCGCGCCCUUCUCCGCCGGCAACGACAAAUACGCAAACAACAACAAAUACGCCGGCAACAACAAAUACCGCGACGACAAAUACGCCGGAUACGACAAAUACAAAAGCGCGCCGCAUGGCCGAAGCGAGCACUGCGGCGCCUCGGUGCCGCCCGCUUGACUGGUCUACAACAGCAGGUGUAGCCAUACGCUCUGAAAGAUUUGACAAACCAGCAAUGUUCGUGGUAAAUAAAGAUUGGAGCGAGCAAUCUACCAACACACUGUUCGACACGCUUGCACUUGGUCGGCGAAUACACCACCCUACUAUAUGUGGACGUAUGCUUGCUUGCGUAUGCUUGUCUGUCUUCUUCUUCUAUCGUGUGGGUUGUGAGGUGGAUUACCAACCCCAUCAACCUGGUGUCAGGGUUAUUAUUGAGCCGCCGUAAGGCCCUGACAUGACUCAUGUAACGACUACGUACUUACAUCAGUAAGUAAUAACCGUGACCAACGGCUUAACGAGCCUUCCGAAGCACGGAUCAUCUUACUUUUGGACAAUCAGGUGAUCAGCCUGUAAUGUUCUAAACAAACUAGGGAUCACGUAGUGAUUUUUGUGAUUCGUUCCCACCGGGAUUCGAACCCGGGAUUGUAUUUUGAUGUGUUUACACUACAUUAGAACUACACUAGCACUACAUAGGUACCCUACCUACCUACUUAUAUUUACACCCGUAAUCUCUGUCGGGGUUGGUGGCACUACAAGUUCAUAAUAUUAUAGAUAAUUGAAGUUUUCCACACAUGUCGUAGGGUGGUAUUAAUAAACCAAUCUCAGCUUUGAGACGGCCCUCAAGAUCAUGUCAAUGUGACAGUUCUCAUAUAAAAACAGGGAUCUGAGCAUGAGACGAUGAGGGCAGUCUCAGCUGAGAUUAGUUUAUUAAUACCACCCUAAGAAGGUAGUAGACUCUCCCCCUAUUAGCGGGUAACCCUAUUAUACCGGACACAUCUGCCUACCCCUUCCGGGAUACAAACCUGAUGAU